ACAAUACAACAUAACACUCACGUUUACAACCUCUGCCUUCAAUUAUUGUAAAAGAAUAAAUGAUGAAAACAAGUUUAAAUAGUACGAAAGGUUUGCGUUAUAUUCACUGUCUUUCACUCAGAGCAGCUUUAAGCUAAAGUCGAAGGAUUUAAUAAAAUCCACGGUUGGGUAAAUAAGUAAGAGAUGGCAACGAGGGCAAGGCUGAUUAACUACUUGAGCGAGGAGCGUUAUGCCGUGCUGUCAGCGCGCUUCGCAGCCUUUCACGAGACCAUGAACGACCCCGCGCAGCCCGUGGUGCGCGUCUACGACACCCUCGCACCGCGCCACAUGCGUGAGCUGCAGCUCGUCAGGGAGGUGAGCGCGGAGCUGCAGCAGAAAAAACUGGAUGAUACGGAGAAAGCGAAAGCUGCGAAUGUCAAGUAAAUGCCAGCCUAUAGAAAGCUGAAGUGCUCGGAUAAUAGAAACAAUUACAAUCAACACAAUAAUUUUGUGUAUAAACAAUAAGUACAUGUGUACAAACUGGUUCAUAAUAUUUAUUUUUCAUUACAUUAAUAUAUGUAUGUAUACAUGAGCAUUGUUAUUUUAUAGGCAAAAUGUUUAAAUAAUGAUUUAAGAUAUUUAAGUAGAUUCUUGGGGGAACUUGUACUACGAUAUAAGAGUUUAGUUGUGUUUUUAUAAUUCUUAUUGUUCCCCAAAAAUCAUUGAAUAAUUUCGAUUUAAAUGUUAAAAUAGUUCUCACUUAGUUGUGUCUGUUUAUUUAAAAAAUUGAUCAGUAAAAAUUGAAUAGUGGACUCUGUUCCUAAUUAAUAUUUAAAUUAAUCUAUACAUAUUUUUAUUAUGUAUUUAAAUUGUUUUUGUAAAAGAACUUAAUGUCUUAAAUAUAAAUUAAAUGUAUUAUUAAAAAUGGUCGAACAAUUACUUUCUAAUAAAUGGUUCUUAUAUAAUUCUUGUGUUUGUGAAAUCUUUUCUCCAUCAUGUUACUGCUGCUGCUAUUCUUCAGGUCUUGUUUUUCGGCGUUUGACGAGUACGUACAAGUGCUGAAUGCGACCCUGGCGCAGGAAUAUACUAUUAGUUUCAGUUAUUGUAUAUAUGUAUGUAUGUAGCAACAGUUGGACUUUCAUAUAAAUCAUUAUUGUCAAACCUUUCAGUUGUCUUUGAAAACAUGAAUUAACAAAAUGCUCUGGUGCCAAUUUGUUUGGUUGCGGACCGUGCACCCUUGCCACUAAGAACAGUAAGCAGUAAGGCCGGAAUUACUGGUUAUUUCCAUGCUAAUCAAAUAAAUGUGGGAACUUCUACUUUCAAUUUCUUAUUGUAGAUGUGUUGUACUAUAAUAAAUUUACACUAGCAAUUACGUGUGAGAUGAGAUCCAACUAAAU